AAGAAAGUAGAGGGCCAAGUGUUGAAUUUUGAAGCCAGGUAGCUAUGAAAGCUCGAGCAAUGCAUACGCUUUUGCUUUAGGCUUUUGGGAAACAGUCAUGCCACAAAAGCACCUAGCUACUGCCCUUAUAGUGACGGCUUUUUUGACGCUUCUUAAAUGCGUACAUGUUGAAUACCCAGACACUGUUUUCAACACUCCUGAUAUUACAAAGCUGAUACGCACAAAAGAACCGAUAUGGACAUUCUUCGAGACAGGAAGCAGUCGAGUUUCAUGCAAGGUGGACGUAAUGAUCACUAUGAAUGAGAGAGCGGUGUUAUUCAGAAGAUUGUACAUCUAUGGAGGAAAAAAAUAUGUUGAAAAUCAUUGGGGACUUCUUGACAACGUCUACAAAGAGAGGAUGCGCAUUUGGCCUGAUGGGCCUACUUUUAACCAAAUUGAGCAGGUCUCCUUCAUGUCUCGCGACCACAGCUGCGCUGUGGUUAUGACGACGUUGAUUGGUACACAUGUAAUCAUUGCUCCCAUUCGUUGGUACGAACUUCGAGUGCGAAAUUCUUCCCUAGCCACGGGACCUCGCGAGGAGUGCGUGCGGGAAUUCAAGAAUGUACUGUACCGGAGACGCCUCGUUUAUUCACCGGACUGCCAGAAAAUACUUGCUUAUGCUCCAUUGGCUGAUGCACCAUGAAAAUUAGUUAUAAAGUUUGGUCGAUAAAUGCUAAA